GUGUAUUUAUGUAUAUAACAUGAGCAGUCUCCCUGUAGUUUUUAGUUAUGCAUUAAACUUUUCUCUGUGCUCAAGGGAAAGAUACAGUAGUCAGUUUCAACAAUAUGGUACAAUCUAAGAAGUUCAGAGGUGUCAGGCAGCGCCACUGGGGCUCAUGGGUGUCUGAGAUUCGUCACCCUUUACUGAAAAGAAGGGUGUGGCUGGGAACUUUUGAGACGGCUGAAGAGGCAGCGAGAGCAUAUGAUGAAGCAGCAGUUUUAAUAUGUGGCCGGAAUGCCAAAACGAACUUCCCUGUCACUGAUCAACAAGGCAGUGACAAGUGUUCCUUGUCAUCAUCUCCUGCUCCUUCCACUACUACUACUGCAAGUACUCCACUGUCUUCCCUGCUUAGUGCUAAACUUCGCAAGCCUUGCAAAUCUCUGUCUCCCUCUCUUACUUGCCUAAGGCUUGACAAUGAGAAUUGCCAUAUUGGAGUAUGGCAAAAGCGUGCUGGGCCACGUUCAGAUUCGAAUUGGGUUAUGAUUGUUGAGCUUGGAAAAAAGGAAGGUCAAGCACAGGAGACUAAAUUGCCUGGCUCGGAGACACCGGAGAUAAUGGUAGGGAAAGAAGGUGGCGGUGGCGGUGGUUUAGAUGAGGAACAGAGGGUUGCAUUGCAGAUGAUAGAGGAACUGCUCAAUAGUAACUGAACUCGACGAGCAUUUGAUGAACUCUUCAUAGGGCUUCAACGACAUUGAAGCUGGUUAUAAAGCUAGCUAGCUAGGCUAGUAAUAUUCCAAGUGAAAAUUCUGUUCCAUUGCAUUAUGUUUGUUUAAUUUAUCCAAAUUAAGUUGGAAUGAGUUGCUUCAAGUUCACAAUUAAGAAGGGGAUAGUAAUAUUGUCUACUUUAUAUA